AUGAACUUCAAAGCAACUCAUGGAUUCAGCGUUAUGAGCAUAGCCGUGGUAUCGGGUCCUACCGCAUCACCAAGUUUACCUCAACAAAGGAUCGUGGAGACGUUAUUAAGGAAUGCUACACGCCUGUUCGGAUGUCCUGUGGUAGCUGUUCACGGUGGCAGUGAUGGUGCGUCCAACUACCAACAGAACUCAUCCCGAAGUCUUUCAAUUGAUACCAACACACCACCGAAGACGGUGCAAAUGAAGGAGAGACUGGAACUUGGUAGUGUGUUGCCAUUGGAAAGGUCUCUUAGUCGUAGGCCAAAAGAACGUGCACCUUGCCAGCCGUACUUGCAACCGAAAACUAGCUUGCUUGUUGAUCUUAGUGACGAAGAUACUAAUGCGGAGUUGGCGCUCACUUCAACAUCAGCAGUGAAUGACUCUAGUUACACUCAGAGCCAUUUUUUGAUGUCAUCACAAGUGAGCGGGUCGUUUCGACCUUCGUCCACGCCAAGUCAAGAUCCUGAUGAUUCGUUUGAUGAACAUCCGUAUGAAUCCCUCCUUAGUGAUAUACCACGAAGCCCAGGCGAAAUGAUAACGUCAUCGUUCAAUGUUCCUCAGCGGCCUCCGCCACCUGUGUUCCAAUCAGAAGCCGAUAACAGUCGUAGCUUAUCGUGCAAGAAAGCAAUCGAGGCAGAGCCCAUCCCCAUUCCUCGAACUCGUCCUUCUCAUUCAGUUAUGGUUAAGAGUUCAUCUUCUCUCAAUGGGUGA